UUUACAGUUUGUAAAUACAGUUCAAUAGAUAAAAGUAAGGAAACAGAUAAUACUCAUCUCUAAUAUUUGAUAUAGAAAUUCUAAUCAACUUUGUUUAGAAAAGAUCUGAGAAAAAUAAAAGUAAAACCAGUAUUUGUUAAGAAUAUCCACUUCAUUCUCUCCACAACCAUGUCACUUUUUUACAGCUGGAGUAUUUUAAUUUUCACCUGUCUUCAUUUUGCAAAUAUCCAGGCUACAAAAUGGAAAGUAACCAUUUUCUUGUCUCAAGUACAUAACAGGGAAGUUGACAUUUCUUUGAACAAUAUCCAGAAAAAAUUAAACUUUAAAAAUAAAAAUGAAAUCAAAUUUCAAUUUGAAUUAGAGAGUACAGUAAAGCCAAAUACUCUUCAUGUUGAUGUGACACAAAGCUAUAGGGCAACUGUUCAAAUUGAAGGCCAUCAUGAAAAAUACAUUGUCGAGUGCCAGUCAGCUUGUUCUAGAGAAUUAAAAUUAGAAAAAUGGACACAAUGGAACCUUGAAGUUAUACAUAGUGAGACAAAUGACAAACGCAGGUUUCCUUUUGAAAUAAAGCCUCAUGGUGAAAAAUAUAUUACUAUUAGAAAGAAUUCUAAAACAUCAAAUACAUCAUUCUUCCUUCCAAGGGAAAUGAAUACAAGGUCAAGAAUAGAAAUAGAGACUACAGGAAAAUUUUGGUCAAAUACAGUUGUCAACCUGAAGAAUAUGGAAACUUCCAGCAUAUACUCCUGCAUGUAUACUCUUAAUCAAAGUACUUAUUAUCAUGAAUGUUCAUUGACAAAUAAUUCAACGUGGAGAAUAGAACUAACUUCUAAUUCCGAGCAAAUUAAUAGUACGGAAAUGACAUUAAAUUUUCACGUGCCUGAGAGAGAAGGUUAUCGACAUCUAACAUUCAAAAGGCUUGCUUAUCUCCCCAAAUUCUUUGCUGUUACCAGUUACGAAAAUAUCAGCACUGGUGUGGUUAAAGUAUCCUUUGGAGAUAAUAUCAAAUCUAUGGACAUAUCCAAAAUUGCCAUGACAAGAAUACUUACUGGUGAAGAAUAUGGUUGUUUUAACAUAAACAGGACAAAAUCACAUCUUCAGUAUUCCUGCAAAGUGCUGAAACGCAAAAAUUGGCUGUUGAAAGUUAUUUCCUCUGAAAAACAUAAGCAAAAAUUUGUCAUAGAAAUAUUUCAAGGCAACUUAUCAUCUGUCUCCAGAAACUUAACAUGGAAUCAUUUUAGUGAAUAUGGACUCAAUUAUAUUAAGCAUUUUAGUCUGAAGACAUACGAAGUUGAUGAAAUCACAAGUCUAAAACUCAGUUUCUUUUAUAAAUCUCUGAAAAUCAAUGAAAUAAGUUUGAUCAACAAUUUCACAGAGAUUAAGUUCAGAACAAAUGGAGGAAGCAAACUUCAGGAUGACUCGGUGAUUGAAUUUAUCCGAAUAACAAAAGGGAAAGAAGAGAAACCAUCUCAUAUGAGCCGCAACAUGACAAUAGUUAUUGUCCUCCUUGCUGUCAUCGUGUUCUUCUUGAUCAUCAUCAGCAUCGCAUUCGUUGCCAGAUGCAAAAUGACAAAAAAUAAGAACAAACAGAAAGGUAACACAUCAACUCUAAAAGUCAGUGGUGAAGAUAAUGGCUGUUGGAACCUGCCAUAUGCAAGUCAAGAAUCAGGCUGUGUCCUGCGAAACUCUGAAGAAAUUUAUGCAAACAUGAAUCCAAGCUUAAAAAUGCCACCGAGACUCCAUGAUAGUGAAGGAUAUUGGGGACUAUAAAUAAAAACCCUUCCUUAGCCUGUUUAUAAUCCUGAUGUUGAAUAACUUUACACACAAUCUAUCAUAUAUACAUGCUGACAAUAAUUUCAGUGUUGAGCAAUUUGGUCUUUUUCUUCUAUAUUUGGGAAAUUUUCCUUUUUUAAGUCAGCCAUGUUAUUAACAUGAAAAUUUGAAAAAUAU